UUUGUACUUUCAUGUGUCCCCAGUUCUACCUUACAAAUAAACUGAACUUCACAUUCCCAUUUUCAUAAAUUCAUUCCCACAUUUCUAAAUUUUUUAAAAGAAAAGUCAGUCUGCUGAUUGAAACCCUAACCUAGGGUUUCUUUGGCUUCGUGAUAAAGCAAAGAAUCUUGGGGAGGAAGAAUGGAAGGAGUUAGCAAUGGAGGGAUGUUGUACCAUGAGGUACAAGAAUCUAAGCUUUGCGCUGUACAUUGUGUAAACACCGUUUUACAAGGGCCCUUCUUCUCAGAGUUCGAUUUGGCGGCGGUCGCUUCCGAUCUCGACCGUACGGAGCGGCAGAUGAUGGUUCAAGGCAGCGGCGACUUUGUUCCCGAAGAAUCUCAUAAUGUUUCCCUUGACGGCAAUUUCAGCAUCCAGGUUUUGCAAAAGGCAUUGGAGGUGUGGGAUCUUCAAAUCAUUCCACUGGAUAGCCCAGUUGCUGAACCAGCUCAGAUUGACCCAGAACUGGAAAAUGCGUUUAUCUGUCACUUGCAGAACCAUUGGUUCUGUAUCAGGAAAGUAAAUGGGGAGUGGUACAACUUUGACAGUCUCAAGGCCGCUCCUGAGCACCUUUCCAAAUUUUACCUUUCAGCAUAUUUGGACUCGUUGAAAAGCUUUGGGUGGAGCAUUUUCCUGGUGAGGGGAAAAUUUCCCAAGGAAUGUCCAAUCUCUUCUUCUGAAGCUUCUAGUGGAUAUGGACAGUGGCUGUUACCAGAAGAUGCGGAUAGGAUUACCAAGUCCUGCAAUGCUGCACAGAGAACAGGUAGCAGAAGUGGUCAAAGUCAGUGGCCUUCUGUUCCCUACCACCAGUAUGAGGAACAAGGUAUGCUUUUAGAUGAAGAAGAUGAGGAUCUGAAAGCUGCAAUUGCUGCCAGCUUGAUUGAUGCUUCCCCCGCGGUCAGCAGCAAACCUGACACCUUGGAAAAUGAAAAUAAGGACAAUAGUGCAGCUAAUGCAUGACAAGAGAACAUUUUUAGGUGUUUUAAGCCGAAAAAACUUAUGAACUGUUUUUUCUUUUCUUUUUUUCAUAGUUGCAUCCGAUACUGGAUGCUAGUUCAUAAUUCUGCGGCGUAAACAGUGAUGUUGUUUCUUAUUUCAACAAAAAAAUAAAAACUACAGUGAUGCUGUUUGUUGGCUGAGAGUAA